AUGUCGGAACAACAUUAUGUUCAUAAAGCUUUAGGCGAAGUCAUUCGUCUUGCCGAUGAAAAAGCGCUGCUUGCCGAGGAAGCCAUCAUUAAAAAAGAGGAGGAAUUGCGGGAAACUUCAAGGUCCUGCGAUGAAACCAUCAACGAACUGAGUGCUUAUUUUACUACACUAGCUAAACAAUUGGAAAAAUGGAAAAUUCUUUUUACUCAGGAAAUUCAAAAGAAUAUGUCAGACAUACAAAUGGAAUUCAGAUCAACUGCCUCGAGGAUUCAGAUGGGUCUGAAUAAAUUGAAGGAGCUAAGAGAAACAUCGGCUCAGGUUUUAUCAAUGGGUCAGUGCUCGAAUUCGGAUCUGGUCUAUCAAGUACAUAGUUGUAUAUUUUCAAUUAACCAAGACAUCGACUCACUGAAUGAAUUUGUCGGCAACUGCAUCCCGCUGAAAUUCGUUGGAAAGCUGAAUUUCGAACACAUGCAAAAAUCUGACAUUGGAACCCUGGAAAGGCUUUCAGACAACCUAUCCGCUGAAAUCCUUCCGAGCAAACUUCCGAAGAUUAAGCUAGGACGGCUUUUCCAUCUGGAUUUCAGGAUUUCUAAGAAGUAUUGCGAAGCCGCUAGGAAAUUCAUCACAUAUUCUGUCACAAAGGAUGACGAACAGACUCAGAAGGUUUGCGCUUAUUUGCAAGACAACAAAAACGGCACCUAUACACUGAGCUUCCCCAUAACAGUAAUUGUUCCACAUACGGUUAAUGUUUACUAUCUCGGGGAACAUAUCAGAAAUAGCCCAUACACGAUUGCAUUCAAAGUGGAUCCCAAUCAAGUAGCCUCUGCACCUCAGCAAAAUCCUCCGCCUAUCGGUGUAUUUCAGGGAAGUAAUAAGGAAAUAUCCAACGAAGUACCGAUCAUGUCCGGGAAAAUAAUGGGGCGGGCGAUGGGUGAUGACCGAGAUGGUGGCAAGAGGAACAGAUGGCAAAUUCCAAAUGAAAAUGUCCAACAAAAUAAUAACUGGUCGUUGAUGCCUUCAGACUGUCACAUAGACAGCGAGGGCCCUCAACAAGGAAGCUCUUAG